UAGGAAUUUGUGAAGGAGCUCACUUCCGGUAGCCUUUCCGUUUACCUCCCGCCAAGAAUGGUGUGAGGUCUGUGUUGACAUCUCCUGUGAAAUCUAGUCGGAUACGAUGGUGGGGAUUUAAAGACAGUCCCCAAACCGGCUUCAGAAGCGAGACAUCCGAGUGACUCACAGGAUACGUUUUGAUAUAUACAUAUAUAUAUUUAUGGAUGGACGACCGCUAGUGUGACAUACUUCUAUACUGCCAACAUGGAGUUUUCUCUCUUCUACGUCACACUAUGUUGUAUAGUUUUAAAAGAUGUUGUGGGUCAGUCCCAACGACAGCGUCAUUGCGAACAAGGCAGCUGUUACCCAGCAACAGGAGACCUUCUGAUUGGUCGAGGAAAGCAGCUAAGAGCGACGUCCACAUGCGGGAUGGUCAAACCGGAUAGAUACUGUGUUGUGUCAUAUCUAGAAAAGCGGACAAAGUGCUUUCAGUGCGACUCUCGUGAGCCAUGGCAGUCGAGAGUACACGAAAACAGCCACCGUAUCGAGAACAUUGUCUCAUCAUUCAAAGAUAGGCGAGAUCGGUGGUGGCAGGCGGAAAAUGGUGUUGAGAAUGUUUCAAUUCAGUUGGAUCUUGAAGCAGAGUUUCAUUUUACACACUUGAUUAUGACAUUUAAAACAUUCAGGCCAAAGUCCAUGUUUAUAGAAAGGUCAUAUGAUUUUGGUAAAACUUGGAAAGUGUAUCGUUAUUUUGCUCAGAGCUGUCGCAAAUCCUUCCCCGGAAUUCCAAGAGGACCAGUGCGGUCGAUGACUGAUGUUAUUUGUCAGACUAAAUACUCAGCAGAAACACCAUCAACUCAGGGAGAGGUAAUUUUCCGUGUGUUGCCACCAUUCAUUCCCAUCAAGGACCCGUACAGCGAACAGGUGCAGGAUCUGCUCAAACUCACCAACUUGAGAAUCAACUUCACUGAACUCCACACAUUAGGUGACACCCAGCUUGACAGCCGUCCAGAGAUCAAGGAUAAGUACUAUUACUCUUUGUUUGACAUGACUGUCAGAGGUAGCUGCUCGUGUUAUGGCCACGCCUCCAGAUGUCUGCCAGUGCCAGGAUAUGACACAUACCCAAACAUGGUGCAUGGCAUGUGCGAGUGUACUCACAACACCAAGGGCCUCAACUGUGAGAUGUGUGAGGAGUUCUACAAUGAUCUCCCAUGGCAACCAGCUAGGAAGAACCAGCCAAAUGCUUGCAAGAAAUGCAACUGCAACAAUCAUGCUGCCAAGUGUCACUUUGAUCCAGCGGUGUUUGAGGCUACUGGCGAAGUGAGUGGCGGCAUCUGUGACAACUGCCAACACAACACACAGGGCCGCAAUUGUCAGGAGUGCAAACCCUUCUUCUUCCAGGACCCAAACAGAGACAUCAGGGACCCAGAGAUAUGUCAGCCAUGUGACUGUGACCCUGCCGGCUCGGAGCGGAAUGGCGAGUGCGAGAGUCAUACAGAUGAGGUGCUUGGCCUGGAGGGGGGCCGAUGUCGGUGCAAGCGCCAUGUGCGAGGGUCCAGAUGUGACCAGUGUGUAGAGAACUACUGGAAUCUGCAGGGAGACAACCCACUUGGCUGUGACGCCUGCUCGUGUAAUCCUCUGGGUACACUUGGAGACUAUGGGUGUGACCAGCACACUGGCCUCUGUCUGUGUAAGAGAUACGUAACCGGACAGAACUGUGACACUUGCCAUCGCGGCUUCUAUGGUCUGAGUGAUGGCCCUUAUGGAUGUGAAGCUUGCAACUGUGACAUAGGUGGCUCUCUCAGCGAGUCAUGUGACCAGCAGUCAGGACAGUGCACCUGUCGGCCGCACAUCAUGGGCAAACACUGCAAGCAGGUGGAGCCAGGCUACUUCUUCGCUGGCUUGGAUUAUUACAUCUACGAGGCGGAGUUUGGCCGCGGCACCGGGAAUGCCCGAGUGUACAUCCGUGAGCCAAUCCCUGGUGGUCCAUCGUACUGGACCGGCCCUGGUUACAUGAGAGUGAUGGAGGGAGACAGCAUCGAGUUCACCGUCACUGACAUCAGCUUCCCCACCUACUACGACAUCGUCCUCAGAUACGACCCUAGGAUGCCGGAGAUGUGGGAGGAUGUUCGGGUGACGGUGGUACGCCCAGAUCAGGUGGAUCCAGAUGGUCUGUGUGCUGACUUCAACCCUCAGGAGGACAUCAAAUCUGUCACCAUUGAACCAGGUGCACGCUACCAGCUGGUGACCCCUCCAUCCUGCCUGGAGAGCGGCAAGAUGUACACCAUCCGACUGGACUUCCAGCGUUACAAGCAAGGCCAACUGACACCCGAUGCCACCAUGUUCAUUGACUCUUUGAUCCUGGUUCCCCACACGGAUGCCAUCCCCAUCUACCAGAUCCCUGGGCUCCACGAGUACAUGAAGAACGACUUCCUGCGCAACCGAUGUCGUCAGCUGCAGUUCAACUCCAUCCAGGCAGACAUGCCCGACGUCUGCAAGGGCCAUAUCUUCAGCAUCUCCGCUGUGCUUCACAAUGGAGCCAUCGACUGCGACUGUGACCCCACCGGCUCCGUAAGUCGUGAGUGUAACCCCGAGGGAGGUCGGUGCCCCUGCAAGCCCAACGUGGUCGGCAGGAGAUGUGACCAGUGUGCUCCCGGAACGUAUGGAUUCGGGCCCAACGGCUGUACAGCUUGCAACUGCCACAACAUCGGUGCCCGGGACAACUUCUGUAAUGAGCAGACCGGGCAGUGUACGUGUAUCCAGAACGCCUACGGACGUGCCUGCGACAGUUGCCGCGUGGGGUUCUGGGGCUUCCCCCAGUGUCGACAGUGUCAGUGCAACGGCAACGCCGACACCUGUGACAACCUUGACGGACGCUGUAUUUCAUGCAGGAACUUCACCGAUGGACAGUACUGUGAUAGGUGUAUGAAUGGUUACUAUGGCGACCCCCGUGUUGGUGUGCGUAUUCCCUGCCGCCCCUGUCUCUGCCCCGGUGGACCAGGUUCCGAGAACCAGCACGCCGACACCUGCACUCUCGAUCCAAGGAGCAGCUCUGUAACAUGUGACUGUUACCCUGGAUACGAAAGACCCACGUGUGACCGGUGUUCCGAGAACUAUUUUGGCAACCCUCUGUCACCUGGUGGCAGUUGUGAGCAGUGCAUGUGCAACAACAACAUUGACCCCGACGUCGCGGGCAGCUGUGACCGCGAGAGUGGCGAGUGCCUCAAGUGUCUGUUCAAUAGUGAGGGCUUCAGCUGUGAACACUGUACACCUGGCUACUAUGGUGAUGCCACCACUCAAGACUGCAAGAGUUGCGUUUGCUUCUCACUGGGUACAGACGCUGAUGGUGGUCAGUGUGACCGUCGCAAUGGUCAGUGCCCCUGUCUGCCUAACGUGGUGGGUCUCCGAUGUGACCAGUGUGCCCCGGGCCACUACAACCUGCAGAGUGGGAAGGGAUGUGAUGCCUGCAACUGUGACCCCCAGGGAUCUCUCUCCACUGAGUGCACUCAGCUGGAAGGCCAGUGUGAGUGUCGAGCCGGGCGAGGGGGACAGACUUGUGGUGACUGUGAGGACUUCUUCUGGGGAGACCCCCUCGACCAGUGCUUCCCAUGUGACUGCGACCCCCAGGGAUCUACCUCCAUGCAGUGUGACCGCCGCACCGGUCAGUGUGUGUGCGAACAGGGUGUCACAGGCUACAAGUGCGACCGAUGUGCCCGUGGAACAACCGGAGAUCUGCCCAACUGUGUGCCAUGUGGCGAGUGCUUCGACAACUGGGAUAGAAUCAUCCGUGACCUCAGAGACCAGACUCACAGCUUGGUGGAGACAGGCAACAAUAUCUCAGUGACGGGAGCCAUCAAGGCAUUUGAUGAUGAAUUCAAGCACAUGCAGAACAACAUUGACGAGAUCCGUCGCAUCCUGUCCACAGCCAACGUCACACGAGUGGACGUGCAGGACAUCCAGAACAUGUUGGACACAAUCAGGCGUAACUUGACCGAGAGCAACAAGGCCCUGAACAAUGUCGACAGGGAGCUGAGUAACACGACAGCUCGUGUACAGAGCGGGAACAACCAGAUCGCUAUCUUGCAGCGCCGCGUGGAGGACUUGAAGAACCUGGCUGAGGAGCUGAGAGGAAACGCCACAGACAUUCAGGCCCGAGAUGUGGAGGGUGCCUUCAACAUCACUCGUGAGGCUGAGCGUCGUUCUCGUGAUGCCCAGCGGAAGGUUGAUGAAACACAGAGGACUGUUGAGGAUUCAAAGAGUACCAGGCAACGGGUGGAUGCCCUCAUUGACCAGAGAAGAGAUGACUUCAACAACCGCCUCAAAGAAAACAAGGCUUCACUUGAUGAGCUGGAUGGCAAGGUGUCAACAUUGGGAGGCAGGCUUUCUAAUCUUAAUGAGCAGGUGUGUGGCAGUCAAGCAGCUCCCUGUGACAAUCUGUGUGGGGGUGGCGGCUGUGGGCGUUGUGGAGGAGCCAGCUGUGGAGCAGGUGCAGUCACCAAGGCCAACAAGGCUCUGCGGUAUGCCCAGCAAGCUGCCGACAUCUUGGACUCGAAGCAAACAGAAGCAUACAGCAAAGUGACCAAUCUGGAGUCUGCCAAGCAGGAUGCGGAGCAAGCUAAGGCGGACGCCAAGAUGGCGUAUGACCAGGCCCUGCUUGCCAAGAACCAAUCAGAAUCAGCCAGGGAAGACCUCGAGGACCUUCUCCACAGGGUCCGACAGUUCUUCCUUGAGGAGGCUGCGACACCAGAGAGCAUUGAGAAGGUGGCGCAGGAGGUGCUGGCUAUGAGCAUAUCUCUGACUCCGGCUCAGAUCGAGGAGCUGGCAGAUAAGAUCAACAGAACCAUCCAAGGUUUACAAAACAUUGACUCUAUCCUGGAUGACACAAGGGAUGAUUUGGCGAAGGCCAAGAGACUCAAGCAGAGAGCGGACGAUGCAUCAGGGGAUGCUUCGGCUAUCCAGAAAACAGCCGAGGAUGUUCUCAGUGCCCUGGAUGGAGCUAAGAAGGCCCAGGAAGAAGCUGAGAGGGAGAUCAUCACCGCUGAGAAUAACAUCCGCGAUGCUAAUGAUGAUCUGGCCAUGAUUGAGUCGGAAACAACUUCAGCAGCAGAUACGUCCAACAGGAGUAUGACUAUCUUGGACAGGCUGAAGGCACGUCUGAGUGAUCUCCGCAAGAAAUACAACCAGAACAAAUUUGAAGUAGAAGAAGCAGAGAAAGCGUCCAGAGAAGCCACGGAUCUUGCCAACCAGGCAGAGAGGGAUGCAAAUGACCUUGAUAACAAAUAUCAAAGUGCAGCUGGUCGGUUGAACAACAAGUUCAAUAUGACGUCUGAUGCAAACGAGCGUGCAACACGACUGAAGAAGCGAGCAGAUGAACUAGCUGCCGGCACACAGGAGAAAUAUCAGAACUUGAAGCGAAUGCAGCAAGAUUUUGAGGACAAUAACAAGACACUGAACGAGCUGUCAGACAUGAUUGACGAGCUGAAUAGACGUAUGCAGGAGUACCUGGACAAAAUACAAGAGAAAUCAAAAUAUUAUCGUAACUGUUAAUUGUAUCAUUUAUCAAUCCGUGUCACUCAGUUUCUCGUAAGCCAUGCUUGUUACCCACUAGCUGACUAACAGGGUGUCAUCUCUCAAGUAGAUGCAGCCCUAAGGAACAAUACAAGGAUUGGAUUGUCUUCAUCAGGCUUGCAGCAUUACCCUGGACAACCAUCGUCCUUGUUUUGCCAAUAGCAGUGCUUCAGUCAGUAUGGGACAAUCUUUGUUUCUGUGAGGGAAGAAAGAGUUGCCUCCCUUCCACUCCUACUGUAGACUAGAUUCCCUGCAUGCAAUCGUCCGCUGGUCUCUGUACUAUAUUUAAUGUUUGAUAUCAUGUGAUUUUACUCCAUUUUAUAUCUUUGUAUGUGAAAUUGUAUUUUUGUAUUGUACAUACCUACCCAGUCCUGUAGACGUGUCUGUUUUUAAUCAGUUUUGAUAAUGGCAAUUUUCAUCCGUGAUCUUUUUUAAGGUUAAUCGCUCGACCAUGAAUUUUUGCCAAUUGAUGUAAACAUAUUUUUUUAGAAUGAUCUGAGAUAUUUUAGAUAAACAUUUUAAUGUUAAUGGUAGAUGUAUUUUGAUAUGAUCAUGUAUUUCAUAUGAAAAAGUAAAAAAAAAAUCAUGAUUCACUUUGCUCAGCUAUGACAAUGAUCUGAUUAUAUUCAUUAGCAAGUAUCAUUCAGUCGUUAAGAACAAGUUCAAAUUACUUCCUUUCCUGCCAGCUGGUCUAUCAACCAUGCCUUACAUUAAGUUUACCUGUAUAAGGCUACCGCAUAUCUUACAGGUGAAAAUGUCUGGGAUACAGUUUUCACAAGUAAAUGCUGGUAUAUUAUUAAAUUUUUUACCACAAGCUAAAUCAAUUUUCAAGAGGUGUCUGAUUUUCAAGUUUAGAGACAAGUGCCAAAACUAUUUUUUAUACAGGAUUUGUUUCAAGUUUGACUUGAUGAUUGGUUAAAAUGUUGUAAUAUCUUCACCUAUAUAUAAAUGCCAUCACUGUUACAUUUUGGUUAUUCAUGAUAAUUUAGAUAUGGCGUUAUCUGCCUAGGCAAGGGAGAUAUCCAGGGUUUUCUAGGCAAGGGAGGUAACCCAGCUGGCAAAAAAACUACCAUGGUGCUGUGUGAACCAAUACUCUGUACAGCGUGUAUAUUUAUGCCAUGUAGAAUACACUAGACAAGUAGGCAUUUCACUUAUAUAAAAGUAGAAUAUCAAUAUUCAUGCUGCUGUCUGUUACUUUCUCUGACCAGGCUCCAAGCGAUCUUUGAUCAGUUAGUGAUACAUAUGUAUUUUAGGGCAUUGGUUAUUAUAUUUUUCAUGUAAGAUCUGAAGUUUCAAUUUGAUAUUCAAGGAUAUUUAUGCAAGGUAAAAUUAACACCUUACUCAAUGAUUCGUUUGUUGGGUACUUCCAAAGGUGAAGUUAUUUGUACCAGUACAUAAGUUUUUAUCAGUCUACGAGAUACAAGAUAGAAUUAGCUGUAUCAUCUGCCCCUAAGCAUCUUAGUGCCAAAAAGUAUCCAAUUGUGCAAGAACACUUUUCAAAUAAGGAGCAGAUAUGACCAAUUCUAAUCCCAAAUCAGUCAUCUUCAAAAAGUUUAUUUGGGUAGCAAGGAUAUUGUCAUCUGUUUGGGAUUUUGUCGUACGUGCUGGUAUUUUGAUAUUAGUCAUGAACAGUGGCUUGUCUGUCAUGUUCAUUUACAAGUUGUCUCAGUUAUUACUUGCAUAAUUCCCUUACUAUUCAGGUCGACCAGUCACCUCCCUUCCAGGGGAGACAACUGCUCAACUGCAUCAAACCAAUGACAUGUAGUGAUCAAAAGUAGAAUAUCCAAAGCAGACUUACACCAUUUUGUAAUUUUUAUAUCACAAGUCAAUAAACUUCUAUUUCUGAUA